CCUUCCUUCAUUACAUCUUUUAUUUAUAAGAAACUAUUAUAAUAAAAACAAAAUAUCCCUAUAAUUUAGUAAAAACUAUACAAAGGAAUGUGAAAAGACUGGUUCGCCCCUACUGAGUUAGACAGUAUCGUUUUGGUUAGGUUUUUGUUGUUUGGGGCUUCUCCUCAGUUUCAAAUAAACGCUCCUUGUGCAACUUCCAAAUGCGACGAACUUGUGAGGUAGAAUCUUCAAACUUCAUCAAAUUAUCAGCAAUUUACCGUAGCAAGCACAUCUCUUCUGAAUCCUCAUCGCUCCCAUGGAUAUCUCCGCUCAAAUUCACCAAACCCGCAAAACCCAAACCGGAUCCUCCGCCGGAAACCGCCGCGGAACCUCCGAGGAAGCGGAAGUUCAUUUCUCACGACGGCGCCAUCGAUUUGAUAAGACGCGAGAAGGACCCGCAGCACGCCUUGAAGAUAUUCAACAUGGUUUCACAACAGAAGGGGUUUCACCACAACAAUGCCACCUACGCCAUCAUUCUCGAAAAGCUCGCUCGCUGCAACAAGUUCCACACUGUGGAUCAAGUCAUUCACCAAAUGACCUACGAAACCUGCAAAUUCCACGAGGGUAUAUUCGUCAACCUCAUGAACUAUUUCUCCAAAUCCUCCCUUCACGAAAAAGUGCUCCAAGCUUUUUUCUCCAUUCAACCAAUCGUGAGGGACAAACCCUCCCCCAAAGCCCUCACCACUUGCCUCAACCUUUUGCUCGAAUCGAACCGCGUCGAUUUGGCGCGACAAUUGCUCUUGCAUGCCAAACGCGGUCUAACGCACAAGCCAAACGUUUGCGUAUUCAAUAUCCUUGUGAAGUAUCACUGCAAGAAUGGAGACCUGGAAUCUGCUUUUGAAGUUGUAAAGGAAAUGAGAAACUGUGAGUUUUCUUACCCUAACUUAGUUACCUACUCCACCCUUAUGGAUGGACUUUGUCGAAAUGGAAGACUCAGAGAAGCCUUUCAAUUGUUUGAGGAAAUGGUUUCGAGGGAUCACAUUGUGCCUGAUCCUCUUACUUACAAUGUUUUGAUCAAUGGAUUUUGCCGUGAAGGGAAACCUGACCACGCUAGAAAUGUGAUUGAGUUUAUGAAGAGUAAUGGAUGUUAUCCGAAUGUGUAUAAUUACUCAGCAUUGGUGAACGGUUUGUGUAAAAUUGGGAAAUUGGAAGACGCAAAAGGGCUUUUGGCUGAGAUGAAGAAUGCUGGUUUGACACCGGAUGCAGUUAUAUACACUAGUUUGAUCAAUUACUUGUGUACGAAUGGACAAGUUGGUGAAGGUAUUCAGUUGCUUGAAGAAAUGAAGGAGAAUAAGAUUCAAGCUGACACUGUUACGUUCAAUGUGAUACUUGGGGGGUUGUGUAGAGAAGGUAGAUUUGAGGAGGCUCUAGAUAUGCUUGGGAAACUCCCUCAGCAGGGUGUGUAUUUGAACAAAGGUAGCUACAGAAUUGUUCUGAAUUCCUUGACCCGAAAAGGUGAGUUGAAAAGGGCAAAGGAGUUACUGGGGUUAAUGCAAAGUAGGGGUUUUCUGCCCCAUUAUGCCACUUCAAAUGAAUUGUUGGUUUGUCUUUGUAAGGGGGGGAUGGCCGAUGAUGCUGCCAGGGCACUAUUUGAUUUGGUGGAGAUGGGUUUUCAGCCAGGACUUGAGACAUGGGAAGUUUUAAUUGGGUUAAUCUGCAGAGACAGGAAGUUGUUGUAUGUUUUUGAGCUGCUUGAUGAAUUACUGGUCACAGAUACAUGAUAUGUAUUGGAAUUGGAAUUGCGAAAUGAAGUAAUGAUAUUAAGAGGCAACUGGUGCUCAGAAUCUUUCGUUGGAGAGAAAGGAUGAUGUAGAGGUUUUUUGUUCAGCAAGAAAUAGCAAAGCCAUUGAUUAAGUUCAAAUGUGGCAAGGCAUCCAGUAUAAAAUUUUCAAGAGGAAAUCUGUUGCAUCAGAUGGAAGUUUUGGACUUGUCUUAUAUACGAUUUUCAAAAGCAAUUGGUGCUCAGAAUCUUUCACCAGAUAGUAAAGUGAUAUUUUCUUCUCGCAGAUCUUCUUUCAUCAGAGAGACAUGAUAUUAAGCUCAUGAGCUCAUCUAUCUGAACAUACACCUCCAUUUUUUUAUUUUUCCAUUUGAGUCCCUGUCAUUUUUUUUAUUUUUCCAUUUGAGUCCCUGUCAGAUAAUCCUUGACUUUUUUUUUAAGUCACACUUUCCAACAAAACCCUACGCCGCCUCCUACCUACCCUGCCUCCUCCUCUCUCUCUUAUUUGUUGUAUUAUCUUUGCAUAACCAAACCCUACACCACCCUUCCUCCCGUCUUCUCGUUCCUCUCCUCCUCCUUUGCUUGUCUUUUCACACUCUCUUGCAGUUCAUUCUCACAGUUUACCUCUCUUCAUUGUUCUUCGGUGGCUGUUGUGGUGGUGUUGAGGGCCUUUCCUUGUUGCAGUGGUGGUUCUUCCUUCUCUGUCUCUUCUUCCUUUUGCAUGGCGUCUAGGAGAUCUUCGACAUUUGUUCGUAGAAGAUGCAUUGAAGAAUAUCGUGUAGACGUCAUUCAUGAGCAUGAGGAACACGAGUAUAUACAACAGGAGUAUGGUAAGGAUGAUUAUGUUGAGCAAGAAGAUGUUCAACAGCACGAUGUUAGUGAGAAAGAAUAUGAAGAUGAAGAUCCUGGAUUCCUAGGAAGUCUACAGGACACCUUCUUGCUUAUCCAUUAUAUCUAGUAUGUUGCAUUUGCUAUAUGAGUUGAAUUAUGAGCACCUUCUUGGCAUGGGAAGGAGGCAAGUGUCGAGGAGGUACACAAACCUCGAUCCACGAGUUUCACGAUACAUAUCUUGGAUAACAGGCCAUGCCUUUUCACCUAGGCCAACAAAGCAACAAUGCAUCGAUAACUGCAAUGACCAUCGACAACAUCAACAAUGUAUGGAUGACAGAUCAAAUGAAUUUGAUUUAACAUCGGUACUGGCCCUCGUGCAACUUUUUUGGCCUUCGAUUUAACUUGUGAUUUUUGUGAUGAAGGCUCUAUCCUCUAAUGCAAAAUGUCAACGUGCUCAAAAUAUGAUGGGUAACGUUUCGUAGACCUCUCAUGCAAUGUAACUUUAGUCUUUUGUUCACCUUUUCUUUUCACUUUAUGCGAAGGAGGUAUUGUAGAUGUUAUUUCUGGGUAAACAAUUUUGACUAGCUUCUACUUGAUAUUGAUUUUUUCACCAAUGUCAAUUUUCUUGAAUCGUUCCUCUAGUAGUUCAACUUCACGAUCAAUGCUAAACUCUGGAAGCGAUUCAGUAGACACAAUACUUGAAAUGCUUAAACGGGUACACAUGACAUGUAUUUUACUUAGAGGAAUUAUUUCAGACUUAUAUCGUGCUAAUACACAACCACAUGGUAUGCCGUAAGUUGAUCUCAAAAUGCAUCCACAACGGACACUAUCUAAACCUAUUUGAUUUACUCGCUCAACUUCAUCGGUAAUAAGUCCUACAGUGUAUCGUGAAACACGUCCAAUAAGUCUUUUAUAUCUCAAUCCUUUAUAAGCAUCACUCAUUAGGUUAAGACUUUUUUCAAAUGAUGCCUUGAUCUUAAUAUGUUGUAGGACAAUGACGUUAUGCAUAGCAUUCCAACACGAGCAUAGGUCUCUCAUACUAGAUCCCUAUAAUAUCUUGAGGUUUCAGUGCGUAGACUCAAUUCUGUCACAGAACACAUUAAUACUAUCACAACAAAUAUGAAAUACAUAAGUAAACAAAUUAACAAUAACAAUGACAUGUUUGUUGUAGUGUUGUCUACAUGCAUCACUUUGUUCAUCCAUGCCUUGACGAAGUAUGCCUUGCAUGAAAUGAUCCAAGUAAGGUUCACAUAAUCAAAAAAUAGAGGUCAAGCAGUAGAGUCAUACUCAAGAUGAUGAACAUAAACACCAAACAUCGAUUGGUCUUUAUAGUCCAUCACAUUUUGCCACACUUCCAUCAAGACAUUUCAUGCGUCAACAUUAUCCACUAACAUCUUGCAUUUUUGUUUGACAUUUUUCAUAAUGUGGAAUGUACAAAACAUCUGGUACGUCUUAGGAAACACAUUACCAAUGACAUUUAUCAAAGCAAGGUCUUUGUCGGUGACAACAACGCGUGGACCACCAUCUGAUAUCAAUAGUAAUUCCUUUGAACCUUUCAAUUGUUCAAGUGAAAUUAUUUUGACGUUCACUUGAAACCAAUGCAAAGGUGACUGUGAAUGUCAAACCAGUUGAUGUGACUCCAAUAAUCUCAAGCAACGAAAGAUGAUAUUUAUUCGUCUUGUACGUGGUAUUCAUUAAGAAAACAAUAUUAAAUGAAUUCAACAAGUGCACUGAAUCAGGAUGUGUCCAAAACAUGUCACUUACCACGUCAGAAUCGUCUAAAGAUGUAUUUCAUUGGAUGUAUUUAUCUCUAUCUAACAACAUCAUUAACUGUUGCAUUUCAGUUAUCGACUCUCUCAAAGAUCGUUUGUAAGUGUACUUCACGUUAUAUAUUUGUUUAAUACUGGUCACAUUAACUUAAUUAUGUUCUUUAAGAGUUAAAAGAAUAUUAUGAGGGCUUUACUUGACUCUUAGUCAUGUCAACAAGAAUUGACUGUACAACAGCAUCUAACUUUCCCGCGAAAGGAUGACCAACCAAAGUCUCUGCUAAUUCAUGGUUAUGAUAGCCGCACAUAACCUUUAAUACCCAACCCUGUCCUUUAGGUUUACUCCUCAACAUAAACGGACACUCACAUUUUCUUGUGUUAGAUACACUAGGCUGAACAUAUGGCUUAUACUUCUUAUACUUCCCACUCCUUUCACAGUCUAACAAAAUGAAUGUCUAUCUUUCAGCUUCACCAUAGUUGAUGUAUCAGAUCUUAUAAUCACGACAACAAUUCCAAGGUCGAAUGCAAUCUUUCGAACCCAUUCAAUUAAACCAGCGCUUGAGGGAAAGAUUUGAUCAAUGGAAAACUUAUUUGUGUAAUCACCCUCAGUCACUUCAUUUAGAAAAGAAGAAAAUUUGAACAUAAAGCUAAAAUUUAUUUAAGAAUCGAUAAAUGGAUAGUUAUUCAUCUUAUAAUAUUAAAUACAACCUACAACAAACAUUAAAAUAUUAAAAUUUAACUACUAAAAAAACAACAUAACAUAUUCGACUUUAUAUAAUAGAUCAAAAAACAUAUAUUAUAAACAUAACCGGCGUCCGAAUGCUAGUGUACCCUUUUAAGGAUGUUUACAAUUAUAUAUACCAACCUCGAUGCCUUUUUCAAAUGUGCGUAUAUCUUUCACCACCUUCCUCCUUCAAGAAUCGCAUUACACAUAACACGAUCACCACCAACGUCGAUCACAAUGACCACUAAUGUAUCACCACUUUCAGAAGACAAGCUCUCACAAAAAAGAACUCAGCGAAACAAUGAAAACAAUAAAGAUUUGGCACUUAACAGUGAAGAAAGUGAAAAAAAUGGGAAUGAGGUGCAUGCAUGGUUUAUAGAAACAAAGGGUUUAAAGGUUGUUGGUUGUUGGAAAAUCAUUAAGUCAUCAUUAAACUUGUUCAGACUUUAAUAAAUGAAGGGCAAAAUUGUCAAAUGGAAGGUGCAGACUGAGAUAGGUGAGGUGCAGAGAGCAAUCCUCUAAGCUCAUUCCUCAAAUCCAUGCUUUCCUUUCCUUGAAAUCUGUGAAAGUGAACACAAAAUCCUACAAAUUUGUCUCCCCUUAUCUUUGUAAAUAGUAAAUUGUUUAGAGGGUUGUUCCCUACACCUCACCUAUCUCAGCCUGCACCUCCCUUUUGACAUUUUUGCCCUUCCUUUAUUAAAGAUUGAAUAAGUUUAAUGAUGACUUAAUGAUGUUCCAACAACCAACAAUUAAAGCCUUUGUUUCUAUAAACCCUGCAUGCACCCCCUUCCCAUUUCUUCACAUUCUUCACUAUUAAGUGCCAUUUCUUCUCUUUCUUCACUCUUGAGUGCCAUUUCAUCAUUGUUGAGUGUCAUUUCUUCAUUGUUGAGUAUCAUUUCUUCCAUGUUUUCAUUGUUUCACUGAGUUCUUUUUUGUGAGAGCUUAUCUUCUGAAAGUGGUGAUACAGUGGUAGUCAUUGUGAUCGACGUUGGUUAUGGCUGUGUGUGGUGUGGUUCUUGGAGAAGGAAUGUGGUGAAAGAGAUUCGUGCAUUCUCGAUUCUUAAAUAAAUUCUGGUUUUAUGUCCGAAUUUUCUUCUUUCCUAAAUAAAGUGGCCGAGGGUGAUUACACAAAUAAGUUUUCCACCGAUCAAAUUUUUCUCUCAAGCGUCGAUUUAAUUGAAUGGUUUCAAAAGAUUGCAUUCGACCUUGGAUUUGCUAUCAUGAUUAUAAGAUUUAACACAACAAUUGGUAAAGUUGGAAGAAAGACAUUCAUUUUGUUAGACUGUGAAAUAAGUGAGAAAUAUAGGAAGUAUAAGCUAGAUGUUCAGCCUAGUGUAUUUGACACAAGAAAAUGUGAGUGUCCGUUUAGGUCGAAGGGUAAACCUAAAGGACAAAGUUAGGUGUUAAAGGUUAUGUGCAGCUAUCACAACCAUAAAUUAGCAGAGACUUUGGUUGGUAAUCCUUUUGCGGGAAGGUUAAAUGCUACUAAACAGUCAAUUCUUGUUGACAUGACUAAGAUUUAAAUUAAGCCCUCAAAUAUUCUUUUGACUCUAAAAAAACAUAAUGAAACUAACUUGACCAUUAUAAAAUAAUUAUAUGACGCAAAGUACACUUACAAACGAUCUUUGAGAGGGUCGAGAACUAGAAUAUAGCAGUUAAUGAUGUUGUUAGAUAAAGAUAAAUACAUCUAAUGGACUAGAUCUUUGGACGAUUCUAACGUGGUAAGUGACUUGUUUUGGACAUAUUCUGAUUUAGUGCACUUGUUGAAUUCAUUUAAUAUUGUUUUCUUAAUGGAUACCAUGUACAAAACGAAUAAAUAUCGCCUUUCAUUGCUUGAGAUUACUGGAGUCACAUCAACCGGUUUGACAUUCACAGUCGUCUUUGCAUUGCUUUCAAGUGAACGUCAAAAUAAUUUCACUUGGACAAUUGAAAGGUUCAAAGGAUUACUAUUGACAUCACAUGGCGGUCCAUGCGUUGUUGUAAGUGAUAGAGACAUUGCUUUGAUAAAUGUCAUUGACAAUGUAUUUCCUGAGACGUACUAGAUACUUUGUACAUUCUACAUUAUGAAAAAUGUCAAAGCAAAAUGCAAGAUGGUAGUGGAUAAUGUUGACGCAUGAGAUGUCUUGAUGGAAGUGUGACAAAAUGGGAUGGACUAUGACGACCAGUUGAUGUUUGGUGCUUAUGUUCAUCGUCUUGAGUAUGACUUUCCUGCAUGACCUCUAAUUUUUUAUUAUGUGAACCAUACUUGGAUCAUUCCCUGCAAGACAUACUUCGUCAAGGCAUGGACAUGUAACUGUUAUUGUUGAAUGUAAGCAACAGUACAACAAACAUGUAACUGUUAUUGUUAAUUUGUUUACUUAUGUAUUACAUGAGUGGUGCUUAUAAAGGAUUGAGAUAUAAAAGACUUGUUGGAUGUGUUUCACGAUACGCUCUAGGACUUAUUGUCGAUGAAGUUGAGCGAGUAAAUCAAAUAGGUUUGGACAAUGCUCGUUGUGGAUGCAUUUUGAGAUCAACUUAUGGCCUACCAUGUGGUUGUGUGUUAGCACGGUAUGAGCCUGGAAUAAUUCCUCUGGGUGAAAUAUAUGUUAUAUAGACCUGUUUAAGCAUUUCAAGUAUUUUGCUGAAUCGUUUCCAAAGUUUAGCAUUGAUUGUGAAGUUAAAUUGGUAGAGGGACGAUUCAAGAAGGUUAACAUUGGUGAAAAAGUCAACAUCAAGCAGAAGGUAGUCAAAAUUGCUUGCCGUGAAAUGAUAUCUAUGGUACUUCCUUCAUAUAAAGUGAAAACAAAAGGUUCACAAAAGACUAAAGUUGCACUACAUGAAAGGUCUACGAAACGUGACCCAUCAUAUUUUGAGCAAGUUGACACUUUGCAUUUGAGGACAGAGCCUUUAUCAUGAAAAUCACAAUUCAAAUCGAAGGCUAAAGAAGUUGCACGAAGGCCAGUGUCAAUGUUAAAUCAAUUUCAUUCGAUCUAUCAUCCAUACAUUGUUGAUGUUGUUGUCGAUGGUCAUUGCGAUUAUCGAUGCAUUGCUGCUUUGUUGGACCUAGGGUAAGAGGCAUGGCCUGUAUUCCGAGGUAUGUAUCGUGAAGUCCGUGGAUCGAGGUCUGUGUACCUGUAAAAAAUAUAUGAAAACAUUAUGUAAAUUGUUUCAUACAUUCCUAAAAUAUAUGAAAAUAAAUUUCUAAAACUAAAUGUGCCUGUAGAAGUGGAAUAUCCAAUUAUCUGCCUAACAUCUGCUCAUAAGUAUGUGUUAGUGUCGUUGCUCUUCAAGCAUAUCUCGCACAAGCUUUCAAGUCUCAUAAGAGAAGGAGGUACGAGACUCGAAUUAGAGUGUCAUUCUUAUUCAUAAAAGUUGUGCAUCCAAGCAGAUGCAACAAAUAGGCUCGAGCAGCGCACUCCCAAAAGCUCUUGCUCAAUGCAUUCCUAGUAGACCUCCCGGAGCCAGCUCAGUCUAACUUUUGGACCGCGUGUCUAUUUCAUCUCAGUUGUAGCUUUGGUGCGGUCCACGUCAAGCAGCUCCAUAAUAUGAGAUUGAGCCUCCUCAUACUUUAACUCCUCAACCUCACAAAAUUAACCCAUGAUGGAUAGGUGGAGCAGAUUGUGGACGUCAUCUAAUGUGGCGUUCAUCUAACUUGAGAGGUGAAAAUUAUUUGUCUCCAAGUGUCACCUCUCCGCAAAGGCAACGAUCAAUACAUGAUUGACAUACUUAUAUAAUAGGUUAACAAAGGAACUCAACCCCGACAUGGAUAUAUAAGGCUCAAUAGCCUCAUGGUACAUUCCAAAAUGUUUUAGUUUUUUUUCCAUGGAAGAUCACCUUGAUCUCCCUUCGAUCAUAAAUAACAACACAAAAAUAAACUAUCAAUUAACAUUUAGGUUGAUGACUAACCGAGUCUUGUCAUAUGGCAAAUGCAACAUGUUGGGUAUAAUGGGUAAGUAAGGAUUUGUCAUGUGGACCUCCUAGGAGUCCAUAAUCUUCGUCUUCUUGCUCACCAACAUCGUGUUAUUGAACAUCCUCUUGCUCGACGUAGU